AUGAAGAAAGCAGAUAAGGAAUAUGUGGAUAGUGAAUUAAAUAAGAAGGCAAAUUUGGUUUAUGUUGAUGAAAAAGAUAAUGAAAUUAAAGAAAAGGUUGAAUGGUAUCAUGAAUGGACAUUGGAGACUUUUAAAGUUAAAGCUGAUACAGAAUGGGUUUCAGGAUGUUUAGACCUUAAAGCAGAUAAAACUUAUGUUAAUGAUGAGUUAGAAAAGAAAGCAGAUAAGGAAUAUGUGGAUAGUGAAUUAAAUAAGAAGGCAAAUUUGGUUUAUGUUGAUGAAAAAGAUAAUGAAAUUAAAGAAAAGGUUGAAUGGUAUCAUGAAUGGACAUUGGAGACUUUUAAAGUUAAAGCUGAUACAGAAUGGGUUUCAGGAUGUUUAGACCUUAAAGCAGAUAAAACUUAUGUUAAUGAUGAGUUAGAAAAGAAAGCAGAUAAGGAAAAAGUUAUUUCAUUCAUUAAUACUGAGUUAGCAAAGAAAGCUGAUAUAUCAUUUGUUAAUGAAGAAAUAAAACAAUCAGAGGUCUAUUUUACUCCACCAUUUUUAAAUUUUAUGAAAUCAUCAGAUAAAACCUUUGAUAUGGAUUCUUUUGAAUGGAUAUGUUAUGAUGGAGUGACCACGUAUUUAUUUUAUACAGCUGGAGUGCUUUAUUAUUUUAAAACAAAUGAUUUUAAAAACUAUGAAUCAUUUACUCCAUCUGUUUGGAAUCCUGAUACACGAAAGCCAAUCAUUAAUCCAAGAAUUUUAUAUGUUGAAUAUAAUAACGGUAAAUUUAUGGGAAUGAUAAUGGUUGGAGAUGAUUUUUGCCCUUAUUAUUCAUUCGAUUGUAUCCAAUGGUUCAAAUGUAAUUUAAAUCAAGAUGCUAAAUUUAAAUAUCCAAAUAAUCCUAUUAGAUGCGUUAAUAAUAAAUGGGUACUAAUUUAUGAAGUCAAUCAAAUUUUCAUUAGUGAGGAUGGGAUAAAUUAUUAUAUGUUUAGUAUGAUGUCAUCAGAUUUGGAAAUUGAUUAUACAAGUAAGUGGUAUUACAUUAACAACGUGUAUUUUAUCCUACAAAAUGAUAAAAUUUAUAGAUCAGCUUCAAUACCACAAGGUCAAUUUGAACAAAUUUUUCAAGCUGAUGGAGACAUUGAAGCUUUAUGUUAUGGAUCAAAUGUUUAUGUUCUCGUUUCAGGUGAUAUGG